AUGUUUUUCGAGAGAUCUCGCCGCUUUCAAGAGGACCAUCAAGAGGACCACCCAUCUUCGCCCCACUCCUCCAUUCUCCAGCAGCAAGUUCGAGAGAUCUCGCCGGCUUCAAGAGGACCAUCAAGAGGACCACACAUCUUCGCCACCCUCCUCCAUCCUCCAGGAGCAAGUUCGAGAGAUCUCGCCGGCUUCAAGAGGACCAUCAAGAGGACCAUCAAGAGGACCAUCAAGAGGACCACCAUCUUCGCCGGACCGCCCCUAGCUCCAGGAAUAAUUCGAGAGAUCUCGCCGCCUUCAAGAGGACAUUCAAGAGGACAUUCAAGAGGACAUUCAAGAGGACAUUCAAGAGGACCUUCAGGAGGACCACCCAUCCCCUGUAACAAGUUCGAGAGAUCUCGCCGCCUUCAAGCGGACCUCCAGGAAGACCUCCAGGCGGACCUCCAGGGGACCAGUGAUGAACGCCUACCAAAUCCUUGAGGAUGGCUGAAUCAGGACCCCAAGACCGGCCCCCCAUCCGCGGACCAGGAAACAAGAGACACAGAGAGGGAGGGAGAGGGGAGAGAGAGAGAGAGAGAGGAGGUUCUCGCAGCAGACGUGGUGCAUCCAAUUUGGGGUGAGGACUCCUGUGCUCAUCAGAGUGGCGACCGUUGUGCCGGUGACUUCCAGAGGAAACUACUUGGCGUCCAUGCGUUCAACGUAUGACGGCCAGGGAGGAGA